AUGCUUGAGUUGAACACGUUCUUCCUCAGCGGUCUGCUUGGCUUCAUAUGCGUAUCACUUUGGUUGACAGAGCAUAGUGAUUCGAUUAUAUAUGAUCAGUUCCUUUCAGAAUCGAUAUCUCGGCUUAUUUGUGGUUGUGAUGAUGUCCGCCGGUAUGAUAGACAAUCCAUUUGCUUUAUUGACAUGCUUGUAGGCUAUGCAAGUCACGACCUGUUGAACAGAGAUAAAGCAAUAAUGGCGUGGUUAGCUCUCAUACUUGUCAUGAUUGUCGAAGUCAUCCUACAAAUCCGGUUACAUGCGCUCUACGGUCACACCAGUACCAUUGCCUUGGCCGUCCUGACGCGAAUGGGGGUCGGAAUCCACGAAAUGAAGUCUGACGUGAAGGACAGUGGAACAUGUAGUCUGGGACUUGAUUUCCCUCUUCUACCGACUUUCGUAUUUGACGCGUGCAUUGUGGCUGUCCUCACGUACAAGGUCAUACAGCAUGCGCGGUUCAGGUCAAGGAUGCAUGUUCCGGCUUACUGGGGCCACGGAGGCAGGAUAUUGGCCAUACUGACAAGAGACUCAGCCUGGUAUUAUAUUUGCGUCCUGGUGACGAUGAGCCUCCGGGGACUGGGAAGUACGCUCUCUCCGCCGAUUGAAGAGAAUAUGUCAAUUGUCUGGGCGUUUGCCGUCCCGACGGUGUCGGCGACAAGCAUGAUACUGAACGUGCGCGUUGCCUCGGCGAACGCUAAGGAGCAGCUGUGGCAAGAUACCGAAGUGAAGCAUGGGGACGUUGUGGAGUUGAAUGUGAUCAAUAGCCCAUUCCGCGAACAUUUUAAUGCCAGCGCGAUCAAACACUCUUUGGAAGCAGGGGAUGCGAUCUAG